AUGGAAGGACUCCUGUUCCUGACGAUUGUUGCAGUGAUUUCGGAAGCACUUCCAGUGGCAAUGCACUCUGGGGAUAAAAUAUUGCGCCUGAGACCUGGAAAUGAACAGCACGUCCAGUUCUUAAGGGCCAUGUCUGACACUGAGAAGGUUGAUUUCUGGUUGCCAGCUUGGUCAGAGUUGUUGAUGAUAAACUCGACUGCAGACAUCAGGGUCCCUGGAGAGUGGGUUUCCGAAAUGCUAAGUGAGCUGGAGAAGAUUGCAUUAAAAUAUGAGGUAUUAAGUGGAAAGCUGCAAGUCUUGAUUACAGACCAGUUAAAAAAAAAGUUAUUUCAAGCAAGCUACAGUUAUGAAAAUUAUCAUAGUUGGGAACAGAUUGAAGCUUGGACUGCCAAAAUAGCAGAAACCUACCCAACACUAAUUUCUCGGGAAGAAAUUGGAAAGAGCUAUGAGGGAAGAAGCAUCUACCUCCUCCGGGUUGGCAAGAGAAAGGGUGUGGCGAAACCUGCCAUCUUCUUGGAAUGUGGGAUCCACGCCCGGGAAUGGAUUUCUCCCGCCUUUUGCCAGUGGUUUGUGAAGGAGGCUGUUGAAUCCUGUGAAAAUGGCUCCCCCCUGAAGACACUUCUCAAUGAAUUGGAUUUCUUGGUUGUUCCUGUUGUAAAUGUGGAUGGUUACUCUUACACCUGGACUGGGAAUCGAUUUUGGAGAAAAACACGCUCCAAGUAUCCUGGCAAUAAUUGUAUCGGCACCGACCCCAACCGAAACUUCGAUGCCGCGUGGUGCUCCAUUGGUGCCUCGAAUAAUCCAUGCUCUAACGUUUACUGUGGCCCAUCCGUGGAAUCUGAAUCGGAAGUCAAAGCUGUUGCGAAUUUUGUCCGUGACCACCUUCAGCACAUCAAGGCGUAUCUUGCGAUCCACUCAUACUCCCAGCUUCUUCUGUUUCCCUAUAGCUACACCUUUUCAUACUCACAACAUCAUGAAGAGCUGAAUGCCCUGGCUGCAAAUGCGGUUAUGGAACUGAAACACCUUCAUGGAUCUAACUACACCUAUGGUCCUGGAGCAUCGACAAUAUAUCCUGCAGCUGGAGGUUCAGAUGAUUGGGCCCAUGAUCUUGGCAUCAAAUAUGUGUUUACCUUUGAACUCCGAGACACGGGUGAAUAUGGUUUCCUGUUGCCUGAGUACCUGAUCAAACCAACUUGUGAAGAGACUAUGCUGGCAAUCAACUACAUCGCCACUUAUGUUCUCAACCAUCUUUAUUAA